CAGUCCUCUCCUACCAUCUGGUUCUCACCACUCAUACACCACCACCACAGCCAUGUCUCUCCUCUCCGCCCACAACCUCCUCCUCGCCUUCUCCGCCUUCUCCAUCCUCCUUCUCCUCCGUCUCAUCGUCGCCCUCUUCCAAAAUCACGCCCAGCUUCGAGACUUCAAAGGCCCCGGUCUAGCCGCCUACACCCGCUUCUGGAUCUUCAAGGAAGAAGUCGCGGGUCGCUUACCGCAUUCGCAACGAGCCGCGCUGAGGAAAUACGGCUCACCAUGUCGCAUUGGACCAAAUCUCCUCGUCACCGACGACGCGGACUUGAUCCGACAUAUGAACGCUCCCGGAUCGAGGUGGACGCGGAGUUCGUGGUAUGAAGCGAUGAAGAUGGAUCCUAGACAGGACAAUGUCUUUUCGACGAGGGAUGAGAAAUUGCACGCCGAGUUGAAAGCGAAGGAAUAUGGAGGCUACAACUCUCCCUCAAUCGAACCCCUAAUCGACUCCCUCACCACGCAACUCCUCACCCUCAUCUCCACUCACCACCCCUCCCAACCCUUCGACCUCUCCUCCACAAUCCGCUACUACGUCCUCGACGUCCUCUCCACCGUCGCCUUCGCCGGCCCCUUCGGUUUCAUGGCCCAGAAUCGCGACUUAUGGGACUACCAAAAAACCUCCAACGCCUUCAUGCUCCUCCUCGGCCUCUCCGCCAACCACACUUUCUUCCGCUCCCUCCUCUCCCACCCCUUCAUGCAAUAUCUGGCAGCACCCAAACUCACCGACACAACCGGUCUCGGCCCCGCGCUCAAAUUCGCCCGCGAGGCAGUCGCAACCCGUUUCGGUCCCGACGCGGAGAAGGAGAAGGAAAAAAAGGAUCUCCUCGGCCACUUCGUCGCCAAAGGCUUAUCCCAACUGCAAUGCGAAGUCGAAGCUUUCCUGCAAAUCGCAGCGGGGUCCGAUAGUACGACUACAGUCCUCCGCUCCACCCUCUUCCUGCUCGCUUCCAACCCCCCUGCUUACGCUCGCCUCCGCGCUGAAGUCGACGCCGCGGACACCUCCCGCCCUGUGAUCAAAUACACCGAAUCCCUCCGCCUCCCCUACCUACAAGCGUGUAUAUGGGAAGGCUGCCGCUUAUACCCUCCCCUCUUCGGCCUCAAAUCCAAGACCUCCCCUCCUGAUGGCGAAACGAUUAAAGGGGUGUACUACCCUCCUGGAACGGAGGUCGCGAUUUGCGAUGAUGCGGUGAUGCGCAAUCCUGACGUCUUCGGCGAGAGGGUCGACGUUUUCGAACCGGAACGAUUCCUUGUUGAGGAUGAAGAAGUCCGCGCGAGACGGUUACGGACGGUGGAGGUUGUGUUUGGGAGUGGACGAUUUUUGUGUUUGGGACGGGGCAUUGCGAUGAUGGAGAUUAACAAGGCGAUUUUCGAGUCGGAGAUGAAUGUCGUGGCGUAUCCGCGAAGUCGGUAA